AUGCAAGUACCUUUUUCAAAAAAUCACAAGCAGCUUGCAUUACCUACUAUGGGUUAUGCAGUACCUACCAAGGCUCAUCAAGGUCCUCGCAUUACAAAAGCACCUAUCACUGUAGCAAAUCAUAUAAAAGCAUACUAUUGGUUUUGUUUAAUACUAGUGGUUGUUUUGGUAAUGGGUGCUUUGGGUGGUAUUGCUCUAGCUCUUGGGGUGGCUUCAUCAACACAAUGUUUGGCCUCUGAUAACCUUGGUAUUUGGUUAUUCGCGUUUGGAAUAGUUGAUAUUAUUUUCUUCAUAUGUAUUCUCAUAACCGUAAGUGCAUUUCUUCGUGUUUAA